AUGCCAAAGAGACAGCAGGACGGCGACCCAGAGCCGAAGAAGAGAAAGAAGAAGUCCCAGGCGCAUGACGACGACUGCGAGGGCGAGCGUGGGUUUCUCGUCACGGGCAUGACCUGUCAAAAUGCCCUCCGAGGGCUGAAAGACUUGAGGCUUUGGCUUGAGGUCGAGGCGGAGGUCGCCGGGACAGGAGCGACGGAUGAAGCUGCCGAGCGUCCACAGGGAGUGGCAGAGAGUUUGGACGCGGAGCUGGCCGAGUUGCGGAGCGACCCAGCUCAGAGGCGCUUCCUGACGGUAGGCAUGGUCUGCAAGGAGGUGGCUUUCCUGCGCUCCCAGCAUCAAGCCGAUCUGCCUUCGGGGCUGGCAAAGAAGUGCCUGGGCCCCAGCGCCAAGAGGCGCUUCAUUUCCCGCUUCGCCGACCGUGUCCUCCCGGUGGAUGGAUCCACGCGGCCAAAGCUAGAAAGCUUCAAGAGUCUCGCAGAAGGCAUGCUCUCCAGCCAUGCUGGCCGGCCAUGGCGCUUGCUCUACGAAGCCUUCCGGGGCGGAUGGAACACCAUCUCCAAAGAGGAUGCCAUGGAAGCCUGCAAGCAGCACUUGGGCCCCGACUCUCAAAGUGUCAGUGAGCCGGAGGUGACCAUUGUCUGCACUGUGCAGCCACGAUUUGUAGGACUGGCCGUUGUGGAGCUGGACAUUGACUGCUUACGGGUGGACGACGAUUCGUUCAAUGACUGCAUCAACUUCUGGAGCUCGGCUCCACCCGCCAUGUUCUACAUAGUAGCCAGACAGACGAAACUCUUGUAUUGUGUGAACCGGAUGAAGCGCCACAUCUACGUGGGAGAUAUGUUGUGCUGCUACUUGACAUUGCGGUUCUCGCCGUUCAAGCCCGAACAUCUUGAACUUGGACAGGCCUCACUGAUCAUGACGAAGGUGAUCUUGAAAACCAUUGCCGACAGUUGGAACUUGGCCGUGCAAGGUUGCUGUAACAGCAGAUUCAGCCAAGCACUCAGUUUCGCUCUUUCGCUACAUCUUGCCAUGUCAAGUCGACAAGUGCGCAAGCUUCAGCAGCUGCGCGACGGUGGCUCAUUCGAAGAAGAGGAAGAGGAGGAUCACAGCGAAGUUGAAGAGGUUACCAAGGCUUCCUCCGCCUUUGGGGCUUUAGUGGACUCGGACACGGAGUCGCAGGAGGAAGCAGAUGAGGUUUCUCCCGCACGGGUGCCCGUGGUGAGCGCGAAGAUCGCCGACGAGGCUCAGGCUCGCAAGCCCCGGCAUGGGUCCCGGAAGGGCCGAAAGGGACGUCAGGUAGAGAGCGGCCAAGGAGAGGAGGCCGAGCCAGGUCAAGCAGACGAGAGCCUCCAGGAGGUGCAACCGGCUGCCACCGAGACCUCCGAGACAGGCCCUUUGAGUAUGUGCCGCCAUGAUUUCUCGGCCGAGACAGAGCGGCAGCGCGUCUUCGGAAGCGGCCGAAGCGGGCCUGGAUCCCUCUUUGGCCAAAGCGGCCAAGGCCAAAGAAGGGCUCCAAGGCCGCGAGGUCAAGUGGAAGGUCGCACGCUGCACCACCGGCGACUGUUCCUCGUGUCCUUGAACCCUAACGAACCUUGGGCCAAGCCGGAGAACUGUACUCGCAUGGUGGCAAAGGUCGACCAAGACGGGGCGGCUAUCUUUGACUUCGAAGAAACGGCUGGGUCCUCCCGCGACUUGAAAUCUCUGCGACAGAUCGUUGCCCAGGAAGACCCCCAGUUGCUGCAGCAGUAUUUACAGCGUAACUCCUUCUCUCUUGAUGGUCUGCUCGUGAUGGCAGAGUUCCACAGACACCAGGGGUCGCACGAACAAGCUCGGGAGUUCGUCAGACGUGCUGUGUACACCUUGGAGUGCUCCCUGUCCCCAGAUUUCUCCCCCUUCCAGACGACCGGCUUGGGGCCCCAAGCUCUUCGACCGCGCGUUCGCCUCGAUGUGAAGAACGAGUCGUCGGAGUGGUCGGGCUGGAGCUGGCUGAAUGCACUUUGGCGUCACAUGCAUUGCCUGAGAGGCCUCGGGAUGCACCGGACGUCUUUGGAAGUUUGCAAGCUGCUGCUGGCUUGCACCUUGCCGAGGGACCCGACGCGCGGGCUUCUGUUCGCCGACUUCUUGUGCUUGCGCUCCCGCAGCUUCCACGUCGUUGAAAGCUUUGCCACGCUGCCUGCUUGUUAUGGCUUGGCACCAUCACGGACACCAUACACGGCAGAACUGAGCUUUUCUUUCCCAAACAUUGCCUAUUCCCUCGCUCUCUGCACGCAGCUCGGGCGUGGCCAGGGCAGCACCCCAGAUCUGGGAGCUCUCAGCAACCUCUCGUUGGAUCCCAUUCUGUCUGGGGUGGAUAACGACGACUGGGACCACGAUUUGCGCGCGCACGCUCGACUGAUGCGUGCGUUGCUCUUCUUUCCUGGCUGCCUGCGACCCCUGCUUGAGGAGUGCGGCGUCAACUUGCAGUCCAAGCCAGGUGGUUCAGAAUCCUGGUUAGAUCUCCUUGCCGCUCCCCCGUUCUCCAACUCUAUGGAGUUCUGUCAUAGCCAGCAUGCGUUAGCACACGGGCGUCUGUGUGUCGCCUAUGCUAAGCUCUGCGGGCCUUUGUGGAAGGAUGCUGUAAAAUGGCUGCACGCCUGCUGUGCCCGAUGGGCGCGCCUUCAUUGCAGCGAAGUCUUUGUCAAAGACAUCGAAGCAGCACGCAGGAGCUGGGCAGGCAGCUGCCUUGCAUUGUGCGAGGCUCUUGAGGACUACAAAGACUUGUUGAGCGAUGAAUGCGCGGAGAAUCCCGCACCGGCUCCCAUCCUCGAGCGCGCAAUGACCGCAAGGCUGCAUCCUCCAAGGGAUCAGAAUCAUCUCUUUGCUGGAGCUGGUGGGGCAGGUGCACACUCGGUUGAACCAAACAUGUCCUUACACACUCCUGCAGCCAUACUGUUCUUUCAGUCGCUGCUGCCAUGGAGUGAGCUGGACCAGACCGGUGUCCAGGUUUCGCCGCUCUUUUGGCGAGAUGUUGUUUCGGGAGGUCUUGCAAUUGCCAAGGGCACUGGGCUUUUUGGGCUUGGUGCCUUGGCAGAUCUUGGGCGGGCAGUGGCAUCACUGUGGACGUCACUGCGUGGCUGA